AUAAGCUGUUUUCUGAUAUAUGUUGGGUACCAUAGAGUGAGACUGAGAACAGGAAGCGGAGGCAGAAUCACAGAGGAUUCUGGAAAGGUCUCUGUGUUUUCUUUUCCACUGAGAAUACAGAAAUUAUAAUUAAUUAGUAAAGCUUUGUGGAUGGAAAUCUGGACUAUUUUAGGAGGAGACAUAUAUUAUUUUUGGAUGCUGGGCUUUGCUGUGGUUGUUCAUUCUCCUUCAAUCAGAGUUUCUACAGUGGCUGCUCAUUCUCACUAUAUUUGGAUAAAAAUGUUACUGAGGGCUGCUUUGGCAAGAGCAGAGACCUAAAAGAGAGGGAUGUCUUCUUCUUCUUUUCUUCUCUAGGAGUAAAAGCAAAAUAACAACAAUAUAAAAAAGAACAAAAAAAAAUCCAGAAAUACAUCUAGAUGAGAUAUCCAAAUGAGAAUAAAUGUCUCAAAGACAGCUCAUCUCAAUCUCAAUGGCUGAAGACAAAAAUUUGUAAGAUGUUGGAAAAAUAUGUCUAUGUGAAUAUGUAGACUUACCUCUACCGCAAUUAAUUUUGAGAAGCUUUGGACACAGGAGCAAAGAAUGAGAGUCUUAAUGAAACUUCAGUCUUGAAGAAGCUUCAGCUCCCAAGGAGAAACUUUUCUUGUCAAUUCCAUUUUCUGUGAGAAAUGCAGUUUUUUUUUCACGUUAGCACAGGAUACGUAAGCUAAAUUCUGAGAUUUGGCAUUUUUAGAAAAAUAAAGGUCAUUCUUAUGCAAGAAGCUAAAAGUAAUUAAAUUUGCAGGAUGAAAACAUGGCACAGGCACUGCUGGCACCACCUGGACCUGAAAGCUUCCGCUAUUUUACUAGAGAUUCUCUCGCAGCUAUUGAAAAGCGUUGUGCAGAAGAAAAAGCUAAAAAGCCCAAGCAAGAACAUACAGAUGAUGAUGACGAAAAUGGUCCAAAACCAAACAGUGACUUGGAGGCAGGAAAGACACUGCCAUUUAUUUAUGGUGACAUACCUCCAGGAAUGGUAUCUGAACCUUUGGAAGACCUGGACCCAUAUUAUAUCAAUAAAAAAACUUUCAUAGUAUUGAAUAAGGGAAAAGCAAUUUUCCGAUUCAGCGCCACAUCUGCCUUGUAUAUUUUAACUCCUUUUAAUCCCAUCAGAAAAAUUGCUAUCAAGAUUUUGGUACAUUCAUUAUUCAGCAUGCUUAUCAUGUGCACUAUUUUGACCAAUUGUGUAUUUAUGACCAUGAGUAACCCUCCAGACUGGACAAAGAAUGUAGAGUACACUUUCACUGGAAUUUAUACCUUUGAAUCACUUAUCAAAAUUCUUGCAAGGGGCUUCUGCUUAGAAGGUUUUACUUUUCUGCGAGACCCAUGGAACUGGCUUGACUUCAGUGUCAUUUUAAUGGCAUAUGUGACAGAGUUUGUGGACCUGGGCAAUGUCUCAGCGUUGAGAACAUUCAGAGUUCUCCGAGCUUUGAAAACAAUAUCAGUCAUUCCAGGCCUGAAGACUAUUGUGGGAGCCCUAAUUCAAUCUGUGAAGAAGCUCUCAGAUGUGAUGAUCCUGACUGUGUUUUGUCUGAGUGUAUUUGCACUGAUAGGGCUGCAGCUGUUCAUGGGCAACUUGAGGAAUAAAUGCCUGCAGUGGCCUCCAGACAAUUCUACUUUUGAAAUAAGCAUUAUUUCCUACUUUAACAGCACAAUGAAUGAAAAUGGUACAUUUGUUAAUAUGACAGUGAGCACAUUUAACUGGAAGGAUUACAUUGAGGAUGAAACUCAUUUUUACAUUUUGGAAGGACAAAGAGAUGCCCUACUUUGUGGUAAUAGCUCUGAUGCAGGGCAAUGCCCAGAAGGGUAUAUAUGUGUGAAAGCUGGUAGAAACCCCAAUUAUGGUUACACAAGUUUUGACACCUUCAGUUGGGCUUUUUUGUCAUUGUUUCGGCUAAUGACUCAGGACUUCUGGGAAAACCUGUAUCAGCUGACCCUGCGUGCUGCUGGGAAGACAUACAUGAUAUUUUUUGUUCUGGUGAUUUUUUUGGGCUCUUUCUAUCUGAUCAACUUGAUCCUGGCUGUGGUUGCCAUGGCCUAUGAAGAACAGAAUCAGGCAACCAUGGAAGAAGCAGAGCAGAAAGAGGCAGAAUUUCAGCAGAUGCUGGAGCAACUGAAGAAGCAACAAGAAGAAGCUCAGACAACAGCAGCAGUAGCAGCAGCAUCAGUUGCAUCAAGAGAUUUCAGUGGUGUAGGGGGAUUAGGAGAACUCUUGGAAAGCUCUUCAGAAGCAUCAAAGUUGAGCUCAAAGAGUGCUAAAGAAAGAAGAAACAGAAGGAAGAAAAGAAGACAAAGAGAAAUGUCUGAAGCAGAGGACAAAGGAGAUAUUGAUAAAUUUCCCAAGUCUGAGUCAGAAGACAGUAUCAGAAGAAAAAGUUUCCGCUUCUCCACAGAAGGAAGUCAACUGACAUAUGAAAAAAGGCUCACAUCUCCUCACCAGUCUUUGUUAAGCAUUCGUGGUUCUCUGUUCUCACCAAGGCGCAACAGCAAAACAAGCAUUUUCAGUUUCAGAGGUCAUGCAAAGGAUAUAGGAUCAGAAAAUGACUUUGCUGAUGAUGAGCACAGCACUCUUGAAGACAAUGAGAGCAGAAGAGAUUCUCUCUUCGUUCCAAAUCGACAUGGAGAACGGCGCAACAGUAAUAUCAGUCAGGCAAGUGUGUCAUCUAGAAUGAUACCAGCCCUUCCAGUAAAUGGGAAGAUGCACAGCACUGUGGAUUGCAAUGGAGUAGUUUCCUUGGUUGGAGGACCUUCAGCUUUAACUUCACCCACUGGUCAGCUCCUACCAGAGGGUACCACUACAGAAACAGAAAUAAGGAAAAGAAGACUGAGUUCUUACCAGAUUUCCAUGGAAAUGCUGGAAGAGUCUGCUGCAAGACAAAGAGCAAUGAGCAUAGCCAGCAUUCUUACAAAUACAAUGGAAGAGCUUGAAGAAUCCAGACAGAAAUGUCCACCAUGCUGGUACAGAUUUGCAAACACUUUCUUGAUCUGGGAUUGCUGGAGUCCAUGGUUAAAAGUAAAGCAUGUCGUCAAUUUAGUUGUGAUGGAUCCAUUUGUUGAUCUUGCUAUAACUAUUUGCAUUGUUUUAAACACCUUGUUUAUGGCCAUGGAACAUUACCCAAUGACAGAACAGUUUAGCAGUGUCCUUUCUGUGGGGAACCUGGUAUUCACUGGAAUAUUCACAGCAGAAAUGGUACUAAAGAUAAUUGCCAUGGACCCUUACUAUUAUUUCCAAGAAGGCUGGAAUAUUUUUGAUGGUAUUAUCGUUAGCCUUAGUUUAAUGGAGCUUGGUCUUGCAAAUGUUGAAGGAUUAUCUGUUCUUCGAUCAUUCAGAUUGCUUCGAGUUUUCAAGUUGGCAAAAUCUUGGCCAACUUUAAAUAUGCUGAUUAAGAUUAUUGGCAACUCAGUGGGGGCUCUAGGGAAUCUGACCCUGGUGCUGGCCAUCAUCGUGUUCAUUUUCGCUGUGGUUGGGAUGCAGCUCUUUGGGAAAAGCUACAAGGAAUGUGUCUGCAAGAUCUCCAGUGACUGUGAACUUCCACGCUGGCACAUGCAUGACUUUUUCCACUCUUUCCUGAUUGUAUUCCGAGUGCUGUGUGGAGAAUGGAUAGAAACGAUGUGGGACUGCAUGGAGGUUGCAGGCCAAACCAUGUGCCUUAUUGUUUUCAUGCUGGUCAUGGUGAUUGGAAACCUGGUGGUACUGAACCUAUUUCUGGCCUUGCUGCUGAGCUCAUUUAGUUCAGACAACCUUGCUGCUACAGAUGAUGAUAAUGAAAUGAACAAUCUCCAGAUUGCUGUGGCAAGGAUCCAGAAGGGAAUAGAUUAUGUUAAAAAAAAGAUACAGGAGUUCAUCCAAAAAGCCUUCGUUAGAAAGCAGAAAUCUUUAGAGGAAAUCAAAGCACUUGAAGAGCUAAACAACAAGAAAGACAGCUGCAUUUCCAAUCAUACUGCUGUUGAAAUAAGCAAAGAUCUGAAUUAUCUGAAAGACGGGAAUGGAACCACCAGUGGUGUAGGCACAGGUAGCAGUGUGGAAAAAUACGUAAUUGAUGAAAAUGAUUAUAUGUCAUUCAUAAACAACCCAGGCCUCACUGUGACAGUGCCCAUUGCAGUUGGAGAAUCAGAUUUUGAAAAUUUAAAUACAGAAGAAUUUAGCAGUGAAUCUGAUUUGGAAGAAAGCAAACAGAAACUAAAUGCAUCAAGCUCAUCAGAAGGCAGCACAGUUGAUAUUGCUCCUCCUGGAGAGGGCGAGCAAGCAGAAAUUGAAAGUGAAGAAGCUCUUGAACCAGAAGCCUGUUUUACAGAAGGUUGUGUGCAGAAAUUUCCGUGUUGUCAAGUAAGUAUAGAGGAUGGCAAAGGAAAAACUUGGUGGAAUCUUAGAAAGACCUGCUACAGCAUAGUUGAACACAACUGGUUUGAGACUUUCAUUGUAUUCAUGAUUCUCCUCAGCAGUGGAGCACUAGCUUUUGAAGAUAUAUAUAUUGAACAACGCAAAACUAUCAAGACCAUGCUGGAAUAUGCUGACAAAGUUUUUACGUAUAUUUUCAUUUUGGAAAUGCUUUUAAAAUGGGUAGCAUAUGGUUUUCAAAUAUAUUUUACUAAUGCCUGGUGCUGGCUGGACUUCCUGAUUGUUGAUGUCUCAUUGGUUAGUUUAAUAGCCAAUGCUCUGGGCUAUUCUGAACUUGGUGCCAUUAAAUCACUACGGACUUUAAGAGCUUUAAGACCUUUAAGAGCCUUGUCACGAUUUGAAGGAAUGAGGGUGGUUGUAAAUGCCCUUGUCGGAGCAAUCCCUUCUAUCAUGAAUGUAUUGCUGGUAUGUCUUAUAUUCUGGCUAAUCUUCAGCAUCAUGGGAGUAAACCUGUUUGCUGGAAAAUUCUAUCACUGUGUCAACACCACGACUGGUGAGAUGUUUGAUAUCAGUGAUGUCAACAAUUAUACUCAGUGUCAGGAACUCAUAAAAAACAAUCAAAGUGCCCGAUGGAAAAAUGUGAAAGUAAACUUCGAUAAUGUAGGAGCUGGAUAUCUUGCUCUGCUUCAAGUAGCUACUUUCAAAGGAUGGAUGGAUAUUAUGUAUGCUGCUGUUGAUUCACGAGAUGUAGAAGAUCAACCCAAGUACGAGGACAACUUGUAUAUGUAUCUCUAUUUUGUCAUCUUUAUCAUAUUUGGAUCAUUUUUCACCUUGAACCUUUUCAUUGGUGUCAUUAUAGACAACUUCAACCAACAAAAAAAGAAGUUUGGAGGUCAGGAUAUAUUUAUGACAGAAGAACAGAAGAAAUAUUACAAUGCAAUGAAAAAACUGGGAUCCAAAAAGCCACAGAAACCUAUUCCGAGGCCAGUGAACAAAUUCCAAGGCAUGAUCUUUGAUUUUGUAACUAAACAAGUAUUUGACAUCAGCAUCAUGAUACUCAUCUGCCUUAACAUGGUAACAAUGAUGGUAGAAACAGACGACCAGAGUAAAGAAAUGGAAACAAUUUUAUCUCGGAUUAACCUGGUGUUCAUUAUCCUUUUCACUGGAGAAUUUGUGCUGAAACUGAUUUCACUUCGACAUUACUACUUCACUAUAGGCUGGAAUAUUUUUGAUUUUGUCGUCGUCAUUCUCUCCAUAGUAGGUAAGAGCAAUUCCCUUUCUAGAAAUAACUAGUGGAAGGAAUAGAGGGAGCAUUUGUUUCAAGAAUGUUACGAUACUGGAGAUGAAAUUUUCUGUUUCCUUGUUGACUUACAUGUUGAUUCAUAUCUUCAUACUUUAUGGCAUACAAUAUAUGAAAUGUUGCAUAUAAGAUUUUUAUCUUUCCCAUUAGAUUUACUGUCACUUUCCAUAGCAAAAGACACAAAGGAACUGUUUGGCACAUUAGAUUAACAUGCACAAAUAUAAAGAGUAGUAUUCAGUGAUAUACACAAACUAACCCCAGAUUUGCUUUCAGUACGAAAACUGGAAACUAUGUGAAAGAGGUGAGAUUUUUCUUUACUUCUGCUGAGAUCUUGGUAAAGAGAUUUCUGUCAGUUAAAAGCUAAUGACUCUCCAUGGUGCAAAUGAGGCAUGUGACAAAACUUUAUUCUUAAAGAGUGAUAUAUCUGAGAGAUUUGCUGAUACAGCGUAGAUCUGUUAAAAAAUCAUUGAUUUGCAAAAAUUAGGCCAACAUUAUCCUUCAUAAAAGACAGUGGUUAUAGGCUCACCAUCAAGAAUUAAAUGUAUUUAAGACAUAAAUUUCCCUUUCCCAAUAGACUUUCUUUUACUUAUUUCCCUUCUCUGAGAUAGCAUUUCAACAUGAGGAAGAUGCUUCCACCUUAAUAACAGCUUUCAAUAAAAUGUAAUAACUGCUAUAAUGUUUUACUAUAACAUAGACUCCCUAUACUGAUUGUUUUGGAGAUAGCAAUACAUAAAUCUUUCUAUAGGUAAUGAAUAAAUUUAAAAUUGAUGUAAUUAUUUACUUUUUUUU